ACCGCGUCUCCGGUUCUAGGCGCCGGUUCCAGCAGCAGAGCGGGCGAGCGAUGCUGCCGCCGCUGCCGCUUCCUGAUUGGCUGCGGGUGGCUAACUCUUCGUUCUGAUUGGCAGCUGGUGAACUGGACGAUGCUGAGCAAGGGCCUGAAGCGCAAGCGGGAGGAGGAGGAGGAGAAGGCAGCCCUGGCAGUCGACGCCUGGUGGCUGGAUCCUGGUCACCCAGACGUAGCACAGGCAGCCCCAGCUGUGGCCUCCAGCUCCCUCUUUGACCUCUCGGUGCUCAAGCUCCACCACAGCCUGCGGCAGAGUGAGCCCGACCUGCGCCACCUGGUGCUAGUUGUGAACACGCUGCGGCGCAUCCAGGCGUCCAUGGCUCCCGCGGCCGCCCUGCCGCCUGUGCCCAGCCCGCCCGCAGCCGCUGGAGCAGCUGACAGCCUGCUGGCCAGCUCGGAUGCCGCCCUCUCAGCCUCCAUGGCCAGCCUCCUGGAGGACCUCAGCCACAUCGAGGGCCUGAGCCAGGCCCCCCAGCCCCUGGCGGACGAGGGGCCACUAGGCCGCCCCACUGGGGGAGCCCCGCCCAGCCUGGGUGCCUUGGAUCUGCUGGGCCCGGCCACGGGCUGUCUGCUGGACGAUGGACUUGAGGGCCUCUUUGAGGAUAUCGACACCUCCAUGUAUGACAGUGAACUUUGGGCACCAGCCUCUGAGGGCUUCAAACCUGGCCCUGUAGAGGGGCCGGGCAAGGAGGAGGCUCCAGAGCUGGACGAGGCCGAGCUGGACUACCUCAUGGACGUGCUAGUGGGCAAACAGGCACUGGAGCGGCCGCCAGGGCCGGGGCGCUGACCCCUAGAGUUGGGAGGGUUAUAUUGUGGCUGAACUGAGCCUGGUGGCUGUCCAGCUCUCCUUGGACAGACACAGUUGGGUUCUCUGGUACAGACAGAGGGGCAUGGGCCAGUUUGGAGAGACAGAAUCCAGUCCUGGACAACUUCACAUCCGUCCUCUCGUUUCAGGCAGGUGGAGGAGUCCAGGAUUGGCCCAGAGAUGGAAUAACAGGGCCUGGCAGCUGGAAUGUGGGUGGACCAGGCCCAGUGCUGGACUGAAUCCCUUGGGGUCAUACCCUGGGAUGUUUCUUCUCGGAUGUCGGAAGAGACCCCAGUCACUUUUUGAAAUUAAAACCAGCCCUGGGAAAUCUGAAGUCUGUGUUUUUGUGUCUGGGCUAGUGCGAGACAACAUUUACUGAGCAUGUACUGGGUGCCUGGCACAGUUCUAAGCACUUGUCAUGUGUUAACACAUUUAAUCCUUACGACAAACCCAUAAGACAGGCAUUAUUAAUACCCCCAUUUUGCAGAUGAGAAAACUCAGGCUCUGGGAGGUUGUCACUUGAGCAGGCAGGUUUCAAACCAUAAAUGUUACUGCUUUAUGAUCAGCCCACAAAGCAUACAAUCUAAACCUGGUAACUGGCCCUUUGGACCAGCUCCCCAGAACACAUUCAGCCAGUUUCCCCGAUGUGCCGGUGUGUGCGUGCGUGUGCACUGGGUGGAUGGGUAGGGCUGCCCAGGUCACUUUUUAAAAUGAAAUCUAGUCCUCACCUGGAGCCUACCUGUGUGCCUUUGGAGGGCUAAAGACAGCUUUCAGAAUGGCCCAGAAAUAUAAGCAGAGGUUGGAUGGAGCCUCUCCAAGGAGCACUGACAGACAGCUCUUCAGGAAAAUGGUAAAAGAAAGGGGGACCCCAGCCAGUUCUGAAAAAUAAAAUCCACUCCCCGUCUCGCAUCUUUUUGGGCAGCUGGGAGGCAACCUACGAAACGAAACCACCGGGCUCAGUGGCU